AUGACCAAGGACAAGCUCUUAAAGAGGGCAAAUGGAUUGGACGAGGUGUUCAACUGCGUAACUCACUUUGAAUCUCUCCAGGACAGAGGAGGAUAUGACUACGCCAAGCAGUUUACGUCCGAGUUAUAUAAAAAAGGACUUCAGCAGCGGCUCAUAGAGAUAUGGAUGGCAGAUGCGCCCAGUGUACAUGUGCUGGACGGCGUAGGUUAUAACUACUCAGCGAGUUAUCUUGGGAGGGAGUUCGCCAAGUCCUUCCGUGUACGUAACCGCGACAGUGCUAUCGUCCUCCGGAUCUAUGUGAAGAAUCGAAAUGAACCACCAAGAGAAGUGCUGCUUCAUAUCCUUGGUUCGCUGAUCUGGAGCUUGGUUGCCCUUGUUUCUAGGGAGUUUAGUGCUUCUGAAGGCCUGCACACUAAAGAAUUUAAGAUGUUCAUAAGUCGCGGUACCGAGUGCUUCGAUUCCGGCUUAAGAAUACUUCAAUCAUUACCUCUUCUAGAACUUGAUAGUAAGAAAAUGAUUUGCAUCGUCGACGGUAUCGACCUUGCGGAGGAUCGGGACACCUUGAGCCAAUUGCAACAAUUGCUCGCUGUUCUUUGCGAUGUCAUGUCGAAGAAUCGUGCUCAUUUACUUUACACCCUUAGUAGGAGGAGCCAAAUAAUUCAUUAA